AUGAAUAUUUUAAAUAUCUCUCUAUUUAAAUUCUUGCUUGAAUAAAAGCUCUCUUUCCUCUAGGUACUUAAAAUAUAGAAAUAGACUAGACAAUAAAAUCGCAUCAUCAUAUUAGCUCUCUCUCAAUAAAUAAAAUCAAACAACAUUAAAAAAAAAUCUCUCUAAAAAUAUAAAUAAAAUAAAAUAAAACAAAUAAAAAUAAACUAUAAAAACAAUAGAUAAAAAUAGAAGAAAAAAAAAAUCUCUCGAAGAAUAGAAAAAAAUAGAAUAAAAAUAAAAUAAAAAUUAAACCCAAACAAAAUCUCUCAAAAUAUAAAUAACAUAAACAAAAGCAAAAGCGAGAAGAAAAUACACAAAUAUCUUAUUAAGAGAGGUUAUGCUGCAAAAAAUUUAGAAAUAAAUACAAAUAUUUAAUUUGAGAAGAAGAAAUAUUACUGCUUACUUUCACUUUUUCAUUACAGAGAAUCUUAACUAUCUUUAAUAGAUUUAAUUAGGGAUAAUAAUAGUUCAAAAUUUGCUUAGAAGAAAAAGAUAACAGAAUUGGAUAGAGAGCUUAAUUAAUUUAAUAAAAAUUAAUACUAAUAUUUAUAAUAACUAAUUUGCUAUGAAUCUAUCUAUCUAUUAAUUAAAAAUAUAAUAACCACCAGAAAAUUGCGCUAACUUGAUAAUAAUUAAUUUCUUAUUCUUUAAGAGGAGAUGAAAAUCUAAAAUUCUUUAAUAAUAAUUAACUUCUUUCAAAAUUUCCAAUAUUUUAGAUAUGCAAAGAAUAUAGCUUACUUGCCAAUAAAUCUUAAUGAUUUUAAAAUGAAAUAAUUUCGAAGUUUUUAAUGUUUCCAAGAAUAGUUUUUAUUUUCAUAUGAAUUGAUUUAAAAAUCUUUCAUAAAAGUGAUGUUAGGUUAUUACCGCAUUUAAAUGCAAACUACUACUACUACUUCAUCCUUAAAAAGUUAUUAUAACUUAUUUAAGAUUUCCUAACUAACUUUCCUAGAUAUGAAAUUAAUAGUUUUAAAAUUAGAAGAAAGAGCAUUAAUGUUAUAGCUUAAAGCUUGGAUUUUUCACUAUAUUUUUACUAGCUUUUGUUAGAAAGUUUAGUAUCAAAAAUAACAAAAUUUUAUUUAUUUAUUAACAAAUUUUAUUUAAGCUAAAGUAUAAUUUACUUAGAAUUAAGAGUAAAAUAUCUGA